GAUGUGGAGGAUUUUAUUGGUCGUCUCAAUAUGGACAAUAUCAACAGGAACGGGAGUUGUUAUCGCUGAAAACUACGAUUUAUUACCGAUUUGGUCGAUUUUCAGAAACAUUCAUGAAGAUAAACCACAAAUAAAUAACGACGAGUUUUACAUUAAAGAUUAUUCUUUCAUGAUCCCAAUAAAUAAAUUUAACACAGACGUAAAAGAUCGUGAUUAUUACAACGUUUUUCCGAAACGUGGUUUUUCGUUGUUGGCUCGUUGGAAACCGUUUAAUAAUCUCGGUAAAAAUCGAGCUUCAAUUCGAGAACACAACACCAAAAUGAAGACUGACGUUGAAACUCGAGCCCAUUCAAGACCGGCUGGUCAACCUUUGAGAUGGGGAAAAUAAACAAUUAAUUAAUUAAAAAUAAAAAAAAUGUCAAGAAAAUGUACUUUUAGUGUUAAUUAAUUUGAUCAAAUUAAUAAAACUAACCAAAAAAAAAUGAUCCAAUUAAUUUUCUCUAAAAACAAUAGUCAAAUAACAUAAUAGUAAUAAUAAUAAAUAAAAAAUAAGACUGCGUCGACCGUAAUUACAACGUAUUUUAAAUUUAUAAAAAAAAUUUGUUGUAAAUUCAUUUUCGAAACAUUUUAAAUUAACUAAUUCCAUUAAUAAACUUUAUAUGUCUGUGUUAAAUUUUCCUUUCUUAAUAAAUAAGUGUAUUUUCAUUAUUAAUUUUCGUUUUUAUUCAAAAUUUCCCCUUAAGUUAAUUCCAGUUAUAUGAUUCAUAUUUCUUUGUAUUCGAUGACAUCGCAUUUCCUGUGAAAAUACCGUUUUCAAGAACAUCGACCUCCUCCACCUCCUCGAUUUAAAAAGGGCUUCUCUUUCAUCGUUUCAUCAUUUUGCCUCUAUUCAAGCGUUUUCCAUCCGCUUCUGUCAGCAGGUCUAAUCAAAUUCUUCACGACUCAAUCGCUGCUCGAUAACUUUUUCUAUACACAUAAAAAUUAUCUUUAUUUCCUGUUUACAUAAAGCUUAUUUUGGCGUAUUAAUAUAAUUGAUUAAAUUUUAAUCAUAAAGAUUGAUACCAAAACUAAUUUCACUUGUAUAAAUGAUCCUAAAUUAUCGGUAAAGUGGAAGUUUAUGGUUUAAUUCGAGUACCAAACUGCAACAACUAGUAACUAGCAUGAAUAUUAACUAGCAUCGUAUGUUAUUCUUGUUUGAAUGAUGUUCGUGGGGUUAUUGAAAUGUUUUGAUUAAAGUUUCUAAAUUAAUUA